AUGACGACCCAGCUCCUGGCGACGGAGCUAACGAAUCUCAUCCAAGAAAGCAAGCGGAAACACAAUGACCUCAGACAGGCGGCCGAGAAGUCUCUGGAGGAGCUAAAGGGGCUAAAGGGGGCAAAUGAAGCCCAAGCUGCGAACGAGCUUGCCCAAAGGCCCAACUUUGUGAACCCCUUCAUCGUUGCUUGCGGGACCAAGAAUGCAAAGUUCACCGGCAUCGCCAUUGUCUGCCUCCAGAGGCUCAUCGUCGCCCGCGCCCUUCCCAGGGGGAAGCUCAACCAGGUCCUCGAAGCUCUCAGGGAGGCAACCUCGGCAGGUCUCGAUGUUCAGCUCAAGAUCCUCCAAGCCUUGCCAUCCCUGUUGCAGAACUACGCCACCGAUCUCAAGGGCGACCUCCUGAUCACCGCCCUGAACAUUUGUUUCAUCUUGCAGUCGAGCAAGAAUGCCAUCGUCAACAACACCUCGGCUGCGACCCUUCAACAGCUUGUAGUGUCGGUAUUCGACAAGGUGGUCACGGAAGACAAAACCGCACCCUCCGGACCUCCCGCUGGCGAGGCGCCGGCCGGCGAUGGAACUGUUGAGCUACGUGCAGCCGCUUUAGACGCGCAUAGGAUAUUCAACGACCUCUGCCUCAUGACAGAAAACCAGCGUCCCGAGUAUCUCAGGUUUUCGGGACUUCCGCAGACGUUCGGCCUCGAGCUGAUAGAGUCGGUUCUGACCAACCAUGCCGCAGUGUUCUCGACCCACAAAGAACAGGCACACAUCUUGCAGGUUCGCGUCAUGCCCUUCAUCAUCAGCGCUCUCAAAGGGAAGCCCAAUUUCGCAACAUCAGUCAGGCUGGUUCGGAUUCUUUACACGCUGUUACGGCGCCACAUCAAUAUCCUCCCGUCAGAGAGCGGCGACGCUCUUGACAUCCUGACGCACCUACUGGACCAGGAGACGGCAAUCUGGAAGCGAGCUCUAUGUUUGGAGGUGUUCCGGGGCAUCUUUUCAGAGCACGCUCUCAUUCGGCGGAUAUUCGUCAACUAUGACGCCAAGGAAGGCGAGAAGGACGUCCUCAAGCACCUGACGGCGACAUUCGUGCGGCUCAGCACUGAGAAGCCGUCCGUCAUCGGACUCGGCCAUCAAUCCACGAUUCCUGUGGCGGACCCCUACGCCAGCAUCGCAUCAUCCACCGACCAAGCCAUGCUCGAGGCUAGCGGCGUCACGGGCAUCAUCAGUGGCUCCGUUAAUGCAGAUGGUUCCAACAUUGGGAUCAGUACACAAUGGAGCACCGUGAGGGUCCCCUGCAUCGACCAGCUCGACAAAACAGAGGCGCCGUCCGUUCCUGAGUCCUACAUCUACAGCUUGACACUUUCUUGCAUUUCCUUGCUUUCCGAAGGCCUCGCCAAGUUCAUACUCCCCCUCACGGUUCCUGGAGAUGGCCGCAAUCGCAAGAGAAGCGUGAAACCGGAGCCAGAGCGCGACUCGUCGGCGCCCCCUCAAGAGGACGCCGAGGUCUCACGAACUGCACUGGAGCGGGCAGCCUCAUUCAAAAAGAACCCAGUCCCUCUGAAUCCUCUUGCCUUGGAAGACCAUCCCCUCCACAACGAGGUCAAGAUAUGCGCAACCAUCAUCGAGGAAUGCUGGCCGGCUAUCCUGGCCACCUGCUCGACAUUCCUAUACGCUGCAAUGGACUCGGAGUACUAUCACAGUCUCGUGAGAGCGUUCCAGAAGUUUGCCCAUGUCGCCGGCCUGCUUCAGCUAUCCACACCAAGAGACGCGUUCUUGACAACACUGGGUAAAGCGGCGGUACCUCCGAAUGUCUUCACAGCGUGCCUGAACGCCGGAGCCGCUCGACCGGCACCGCCAACGCCGACUACCGAAGCACCAAACAGUAUCCUGAGUAACGCGCGAGGUCUGCUUAGCGUUGACAGUUUGGUGACCCAAUCGUCACCCGCCGUCGACAGGGGAAGACAGCAAGGACUCGAGGCGAGUCAAAUGACGCUCAACACUCGCAACCUCUUGUGUUUGAGAGCGCUUCUCAAUCUUGGCAUCGCUCUUGGCCCAACACUCGGUUCCUCAUGGCGCAUCAUUCUCGAGACCUUGCAACAAGCCGAUUUCGUCCUCUUCUCCACGAGUAAGACUCCUGGAAGAACCCCCCUCGCGACGAAGGGAAUAGACCACCAUGCCGAGGGCGAGGCGAACGCUCUUCUGUCCAACUUCGGCAGCGAAGUCCGCGCUGUCGAGACGGCAGCAUCCCGUCUCAUCGAGAGCACAAUCGACUUCCCCAACGAUGCCUUUGGUGAAGUCGUGACGGCGGUAUGCAACCUGUUGGAAAGAACAAAUGAGGACAAGCAGAAGGUGGACAAGCAGAAGGCGGAGAAUACGAGCCAGCCACAAUCACCAACCUCCGGUGGCAUGAAACCACCCCCGAUAGGUCAACACCGGCGAGUUCUCAGUAUCUCGACCGCCGCGGCGGCCGGUCCGAACCAAGAAGAUCAUUUUGCGCUGGCUAAGCUGGGCGAUAUCGCCACGAUCAACAUCGACCGCCUCUUGACGUACCCGCCCGAUGUCUCUGGAUGGACACCGCUGACAUCCGAGCUCAUCCACAUCCUCAACUCGGCGUCGAUGAACGCGUCGGUGAGACUGCGUGCUGCCGAGAUUCUGGUCAGACUCGCACUCGAAUCUGCCAACGUGGCUGCAACGAUGGAGCGAGAGCAGUGCGGAAGCGUGCAGCUGCUAUUGCUAGAAGCCCUCCGCGAUGCUCUUCUGCCACUGCAGCAAGAAGACAGGGAGGUGACCGUUGCCAGCCACGGUACGGAUGUGGAGAUUCACAAGGUGGUUCUCGAAGGACUCAAGAACCUGCUCGAGAACUGCGGCGAGACGCUCGUCAGCGGAUGGGAGAUUGCUUUCGAAAUCAUCGGCUCUAUCUUCAUCGACAAGAAGUUCGCCGCCGCCACCGAUGAGCGGAGAGUCUCGCAGACCAUCAUUCUCACGACGCGGUCGGCGAAGCUUACCGUCACCUUCUUCUGGGUUCUGUCAGACUUCCUCUCGGGCAAGACCGAGAGCCUUCCCAUCACGGCCGACCUGAUGCAGGACUCCAACAUCUCCGACCUAACAAGCCUGGCGGCGGACCCAGAACACAUUGCUUCGGACGCCGCUCUAUGGAUGCUGUUGCUCCUGAGGCUUACUACAGUUACCGCCGACGGGCGCCUGGAGCUUCGUAAUAGUGCAAUCCAGACCCUGCUGAGGAUAUUCGAUGCGUAUGGCGAUAAGCUAAGCCCGGAAGCCUGGUCCAUCUGCGUCAAGUCUGUCGUCUUCAAGCUUCUGUCGUCGAUUGAGGAUGAACUUCAAGCCGCCGCGGGCGAGAGUUCGACACACCACGACCGCCGAGAGUGGCACGAGACUGCGGUCGUCGUGUUGAAUGGCAUCUCGGAACUUUUAGCCAGCUACAUGGAACCCCUUUCCGCCCACUCCUCCUUUAACGCCCUGUGGCAGGAACUUCUUGGCCACUUCGCGACUCUGCUCGACUUCAAGGUCCUGAACAUCAACACGGCCACCUACAAGGCUCUCGGCAAGGUCAUCAGCCUCGACUACGAUCCCGGCAGAUCCAUUUUCGACACCAGCACCGUCAACGCCGCUUGGGAGCUCUGGUCACGGGGGACGCCCAUCUCAUUGGAUGAGGAGGAUGGCAAGAAGACGGACAACCAGAACUGCCUGAUCGCAUACGUCGCCACGUUCCACGACGUAUACCAGCUCGUUCAACAGGACUUGACGGUUGAUCAGGUCCGUCAGAUGUUGACCCUCUUCCGCGAGGCCCUGCAACAGGCCACCGUGGGAGCCUACGUGAACGACAUCGAGUACGUCACGCCGCUGCAGAACCAGGUGCUCGAGGCCAUCAAAGUAGUGCGGACGGAUCUCGCAGGCGUGCCCUCAGCCAUGAUCUCUCAGGUGGCAGAGUUCGUGCGGCUCGCCUUCAGCAACGACGCACUCAGAGCGCAGAGCCCGGCGCAACGAAGAACCUAUGUGGCCAUGUCCAAGGCUAGCAUGUCGAUUCUGCAGACGCUCGUGCUCCGUAACGCAUCCGAUGCCGACAUCUACGCCAGCGAGGCCUUCUCCGCGGCGCUCUCGGCACUCUCCAAGCCAGUGGUGCUCAAGUACGGCUUCCCCAUCGUCACCAAGUCGACCCAGCCCUGGCGCCUGGCCACGGACUCGAUCCUCGCGGUGCUGGAGGCCACGCUCCCACAGAUGCGCGCCCUGGAAGUCCCGCGGCCAACGCUCCAGGUCAUAUGGCAUAUGAUUAUCGAGGUCGCCGACGGCAUCGUCAGCGCCGACACCAACGCCGCGCCGGCAUCAGCUGACCUCUCGGACGACGAGUCCUUUGACAUCGCAUCCUUCCACAAGCUCCGCGAGCUCAUCAUCCCCUCGCUUGGCGCCGAGGCGGUUCCCGACAAGACGCGCCAGGCGUACGCCGAGAGCCUCUUCCGCACCUCCAUCAUCCACGCGCCCUCGCCCACGGAAUCGUCCCUCAUCUUCGGACCCAACGGUACUUCGGAUAGCACCAUCAACAACAACAAGAACGGCCUCGCGGCCCUCUACAAGAAACGGACCGGCCGCACCGUCGACCCGCUCCCGACGCGGCGCGACCGGAUGGCAUACGUCUGCGUCGACGAGCUCUUCUCGCUCGUCUCAGCCUACGACGUCUCGAGCCUGCGCAUCGUCGUGCAGCCGCCGACGCCGGCGUUCCCGCCGCCGCGGUCGGCGACGUCGCACCUCUCGGAGGCGCCGCAGGCGCUGCACGUGCGCAUCGCGCGGUCCGCCUCGCCGUUUCUCAUCCUCCGCGCAGCGCUGACGAUCCGGGCCUACAUCGCCGACCAACCCUUGCGCGGCCGCAUGCCGCAGCCGCUUUCGCAGCGCAAGGAGCUCCUCCGCGUGCUGCGGCAGCUGGUCGACCUGACGUCCGAGUCGGACGCCAUCCCGGACACGCCCAAUGUCAACAGCGACGGGCGGAAGCACCUGCUACGACUGUACCCGCUGCUCGUGAGCGCCGUACAGGUGGCGGGCGGCUCGGGUGACGAGGGCGUCUUGAAGCUCUGCGCCGAAGCGCUCGAGGUCGUCGGUGGCGAGCUGGGGGUUUGA